CAGACCUGUUACCACUAGCCGAUAAAAAAAAGUCAAUGCCGCCGGAUUUACGAAUAGUUGCUGGGUUUACCUUCACUUCAAUCUGACAGAGACCAGUGAUGGCUGCUGGAGAUGAGAUAAUUGAAGCUACAUCAGUCACAGAAGACGAGAUUCAUCCCCUGAAUACCUUAGAAGAACUUCUCAAAUGGAGAGAACCAAAGAGAUGUGUUGAAGAGAUACAACAUGUUACACAAUUAUGUUCUUACACUUGUUCAAAUUCAACACCCCAUCCUCUCACUCUUGUGUGCCACGACAUGAAAGGAGGCUACUUAGAUGAUAGGUUCUUCAAGGGAUGCAAGAACAAGGAUGCAUAUAGGUUCUACAAUUGGUCUGGUGUUAAUGCAUUUAUAUACUUUAGCCACUCUCUAGUGACUAUACCCCCUCCAGGUUGGAUUCAUGCUGCACACCUGCAUGGGGUUAAAGUUCUAGGAACAUUAAUCACAGAGUGGGAUGCAGGAGCUGAAAUUUGCAACAAAUUAUUGGCUGACAAGUCAUCAGUCCAGAAUGUAGUACUACAGUUGACCAACAUAGCCAAGUACCAUGGUUUUGAGGGAUGGCUUAUCAAUAUUGAAAACAAAAUCAACCCUGAACAGAUUGGCAGAUUAACGGACUUUGUCGAAAGACUGACGUCAUCUAUGAAGGAAGUUUGUCCUAAUGCAAUGGUCCUGUGGUAUGAUAGUGUCACUAAAGAAGGAGAACUGAAAUGGCAGAAUGAACUGAAUGAAAUGAACAGGCAGUUCUUUGAUGUCUGCGAUGGAAUAUUCCUCAAUUACACCUGGAAUGAAGAAAGCCUUAUACGAUCCAGGGAAGCUGCCGGUGAAAGGAAAUUUGAUGUCUGGGUUGGGCUGGAUGUAUUUGGAAGAAACUUCUAUGAAGGAGGGAAAUUUAAUACAUACAAGGCCUUAGAAGUAGUCAGAGCACAGGAACUGUCAGCUGCCAUCUUUGCCCAAGGUUGGACGUAUGAGACACAGGACAACUUUGUAGAGGCUGAAAGCAAGCUGUGGCUGUCGCUGUCACCCCACCUCUGUCAUCAUGGACCAGCAGAUGUACCUUUUAAAACUUCAUUCUGUCAGGGCUUUGGAGAGAAGUUAUUUUCUCAGGGCGAGGUAGUGUGCAGUGACAGCUGGCAUAACCUAUGCAAACAACAGUACCAGCCUCUGUGGUCUCAGGAAGUUGAUGGUGGGAACUUGUCUUUGGUUACCAGUGACGCUUUUUCUGGUGGAGGCUGUUUAAGAUUAACAACUUCAAAGCCAACUAAGAUCAGGUUGUUGACUUGCAAGAUAAGCUGGAAGGUUGCUCUGGCAAUAUCCCUGGUAUACAAAUGGCAGAGCAAAUCUAUGAUACCUCUUAGCUUGAUUCUUCGGCACAAACCGAUAGCAGGAGACUCCACUGGCCAACCAUUGGAAGAAGACAUCAUCUUGCCUUGUGAGGAGGACACAAGGACAGCAACAAGUGAAAACAGUCCAAGCCUUGUGGUUGACACUGAUGUUAAUGGAUGGAGACAGAAGACGUUCUCUGUGCCAGAGGAUGAAGGAAAGGAAGUUUGUGAGGUAGAUAUUUGGGUUGAUGGAGAGGCAUCAGUUCUCAUAGGAGAGUUACACAUCUACAAUCGUUGCAUUAAAGGUUUGCAAAAAAAUUUGUAAACCAUGCUGGUGGAGCCUAGAAAAAGAGCCUGUAACCUGGAGAAAAUAGUAUAAGCAUUUACUUCUAUAGGAUAGUCAGAGCUAAUUCCACCUACAAGGACAGAUAAACUAGUCAUUAACUGUCAAACCUUUAACAUGACAGAUUAAUAAGCAAAUGUUGCUGUCCUUUGCCUCUUUUACCAUGUGCCUAAGUAUGACAGAUUUAUGCAUAUUUUUGCUUAGAGGUUCAACCCUUCCUGGUAAGUGAGAACUAGCUUACAAAUAGGAGUAUUAUUAUUUUUUGUACUCUGUUAUCAUAUAAGUUGAUGUUGUGAAUGUUAAUUUAUUGGUAAUAAGAAUCAGAGAAAUUGACAUAAACACAAACACAGUAAUGUGUACACAAAGAUGAAAAGGAAAUCAGCUACAGUAAGAUAUGAAUAUAAAUCAUAGCUUUUCAAACUCUUCUCAAGUUCCUCUUCAGAUGAAUAAAUGGAAUUUGAAUUUCCGGUUUGACUUAUUCGUCUGAAGAGGGACUCACGAAGAGUUUGAAACGUUACGAUUCAUAUUCAUUUCUUACUGUAGCUGUUUUCCUUUUUAAUCAGAGAAAUGGUUAUGUAUACAGAACUUAAAAGCCAAAAGUUAGCUUAGUAAAUAAGGUAAAUAAAACUGUCCAUUGAAUUUGAUAGCAAUUUAAAACUAAUCCUAAGAAUACCAAUUUACCAAAUUGCAUUUGGUAAAUUGAUGUAAAUCCAAAUAUUAUGAAAAUUUUCCUCUUGAUAUUUUAAUGUGAUAUUUAUGAUCACCAAUUAUUGACAAAAGCAUUUUUUGAAUAAUUUAUUAUCAUUUCUUCAAAGCAUUCAAAAAUGUAUACAGUAAGUCCCCAACUUAAGAACAUAAUGGGGACAGAGAGGCUGUUUGUAAGUUGAUUUGUUUGUAUGUCGAAAGUAGGGUCUCCAUUACCUUUUUCCCAUUGUUUUAAAGUUUUGUUUACAUUAAGAAUACCUGUAAAUAAAUCCCAAUAGGUACGACAUACCUUAUACAGUACCAGACUCUUGAACUCUAUUCGCGCCCGGGAAAUUUGAAGUUUGCUAGCAUCUAUCAAACAAUUUUUUGGACUUAAGUACUUAAAAAAUUUGGUUUGUAUGUAUGGAAUGUUCAUAAGUAGAAUGUUCUAAAGUAGGGGACUAUCUGUACUUUUGCUUUCAGUGUACUGUAUUUUGAAAAUUAAAAGCUAAACAAAAAUAGAAAUAUUGUUACA